UAGGGUUGACUUCCUAUCGAUCGGGAAACGAAUGAAAGACGUCUUCGUGUAAAAGUCAAUUAAGCUUAUAUCAUACCAAGUUUUCUCUGUGAACCGAUUGCAGCCCCUACAGAUGAGCUUGGUACUACCACUGGCACUUUUAUAUGUUACUCAUACUCUCAGCUCCGGAGCCUUGCGACUCGUCAUGAGGCAAGUGGCAACCACGUGCCCAUCGAUUGUUCUCCUACUAGUGGUCGUGCUUCGCGGUCCAAGGUUAGACCUUGAAUUCGCCCCCUUGGAGGAUUCUGCGGUUAUUUCCACACCCUUAUUAUAUUGGUGCCACUCAGCAUUUAGCCCCAUAGGAGCUGUUACGUCAUAUCAAUCAACGCCUUAUGGCCAAGCAACAAUGAGUUGUGGUGGCGCCGCAUUGCAUCUGCUUUCGAAAUUGCAUAUAUAUAUAUAUGUGCCAGACCUUGAUACCAGUUCCAAAGACCAACAUUGCCCCCUCCCCCGAUAACGAUCAUCAAUCGUGUUCGCCUCUUGCCACAUUUAUAAGGGCAUGCACAGUUAUCGCAGGGUGCACUGGUGCAAUUGUGG